CACAGCGAAACAGUCAUCAGCAACUGUUCGGUGGUCGUUGAUGCCUUCGUCUGGCAACAGAGAACAUCGUCGCUUAUCACUGUGUUUCCCCAGUGUUUGUGUGUGUGUCCGUGUGUAAGGGUGUGAGUGGAAUUGCUUAUCAGUUUAGGUUCUGUAUCUGGCAGUUCAAAAUGCCGUCGGUGUCGGUGUCGGUGCGGUUAGACUAAUUCAUAGCAUACUUUUGUGCAACAUAUCACUUGGCCAAAAUUGAGAAAUAACAUCAACCAAAUACAACAAUGUUUUGGAUUUUACGACGUACUGGCGCUGCCAAUUUCUUUAAUUCAUUCAGCAACAACAAUUGCAGCUAUUCGAAAAACAACACCAACGGAGGCAAUAAUAAUACACAAGACAAGCAUGUGAAGAGGCCACCACGCAAGGCAUAUGGCAGGCUGAGCGCUGAGGCAGAUGACGCCGUGUCACUUGGCCACAAAAUCGAUGAUCCAUUUGAUGAGCUAGACGAUUUUGAAAUGCUUGCGGCCAACUCCAGGGCCUUGGGAAACAACGGCAACAGAAGCAGCAACAACAGCAAUGCCAACAAUGGCAAUUCCAAUGACGAGGCUGUAGCUGAAGCCAACGGCAAUGGCAAUGGUAACGGCAACGGCAACGGCAACAACCACGGCAACGGCAAUGAAAAUUUAUCAGUUUUACCCUGCACCGACACCGAUUGUCAGGGCAAUUUUAUGGUGGAUAACGCCUUGUGCGAAUUGGGAUUGUGCCAAGCUAAAGCCAAAACAUCAAACAAGCUGUCAGCAGGUGGCACAUCAGCCACAUCGAAGGAGAUUAACGAGAACACAAUAAGUCGACUGCAUGUCCUGGCCAUGGCUAACGAUGACGAUGAUGACGACGACUAUGAUGAAUCACUUACCUGUAAUGUCUGCGACCGAGCCUUCCAUUGUCAUCGUCAGUUGGCCUCGCACCAGCAAAAGAAACGUCACUUUGGCUGCAGCGGCUGCGAUAGUUUGUUCCCCUCGUUAAUGCUCCUGGAACAUCACAAGGAAGAAUUUGAACACUGGAGCGAUGAGGAAAUCGGUCGACGCAUUUGCUGCCGGCGCAAUCGGUGUGAUGAUGACUAUUUCACGGAUACCGACUCGUUUAUCAGUGAUGCCGAGAGCGAGGAUCUGGAGAGGUUAUUGUAGAAGACUCUUUCGUUGAAUGCUAUGAAAAGCAGCGAACUGGAAUUGCCGCCAGGCGGCACCGUUUAAAGUCAAAAAGGCGAGAAAAAGCAAUUACGGCGUACAUUUAAAUGAUGUCAUCCGGAGGCAUCAUAGGAGAACGACAAUCGAACCGCUCAUGCCGUGAACGUAAUUGAGAUUGACACAAAGGCAAAGAGCACAAAAAUUGACGCAUCUGGGCCUAAUGGAAAUUAAUUAAAGAAAAUCGAAAACACAUAAAAAAUGCAAAAACCAAAACAGAGGCAACACAUUUGUAGACAUUUGUUGUCAAAGGGAAACAUAUUCUAUGCAUGUACAUAAGUAUACAUAUAUCUAUAUACAUAUAUAUAUAUUUAUCAGACUUUUAGCAGUGGUCUAAAAACAACUAAAUAAACCAAUUUCUAUGUGUGUAAAGAGCUAAAACAACCAACCAACUGAAAAACCCCCAAAGAAAACACAAUUCUUAAGAAAAAAA